AUGCUCAAGAUGUAUGUCCUGCGAAGGGGUAGGAGGGUCUUAUACAAUGAAAAAAGGCCAUACAACAGUGGUAAAUAUUGGGGAGGAAUAGAAAGAUUAAAGAGUAUAAUGCAACAUGAAGAAGGGGUAGGGAAAAAAAGAUUCCACAGCUCUUUGAUAUGUAUAAAAAAUUUUAAUAAAGGUAUAGAAAAAGAAUUUAGCGGAGUAGCUAUAAGCAAUGAGAAGAAUAUUCAAAACAAUUUUUCCUUAUAUUCAUUGGUAAGUCUACUUCAGAAAAAAUGGUGUACUACUGGUAGUAGGAACAACACCGGUGGGGAUAAUAAAGAAUUGCUUUUUAAUAUUUUUUUAAAAUAUGCAAAAAUGAAUCAUAUGAGUUUAUAUUUUUUAAAUAAGUAUAAUUUUGGAAAGUAUGAAAAGCAUGCUAAGUCCAUUUGGAGUAGCACUUGGUACAACACGGCAAAUGGUAGAAGAUAUAAUAGUUCGUGUAGUAGUACUUCGAAUGAUGCACAUAAUUAUAUGCGGCGCAGUGAUUAUGUAUGUUUUAAAGAUAAGAUUUUUGCAGUAAGAUAUAUGCUGAAUAUACUAGUACACAUGUGUAGAGAAAGGAUAAAUAAGAGCCCUUGGCUGAUAAAAAGAAGUAUGCCAUUUUGUAAUAGUAGUAAAGUUAUAUAUGAUAGAAUACCCUUUUUUUCAUUUUUGAGAAAGAUAUACUUUUCAAAAGCACCCAAAGGAUUUGAACGAUUCGAAAAGAAGAAUGCUUCACCAAAUUCGUUUAAACCUGAGGAAGAUAAACAUAAAAAGUUUGACAAUUACUUUUUUUAUGUCUUUUUUUUAUUAUUAUUACUUUUUCUACUGUUUGUAGACUCGAAUAGUUUAUAUAACGAGGUGAGUCAGAACGAUUUUUUUUACAAUUAUUUGGCAAAGGGAUAUAUAGAAAAGAUAAAGUUAAUAAAUAAAGAUUAUGUGAAGGCUUAUUUAAAUAGUCAUGGGGUUACAAAGUAUCAUUUGAAAUAUAUUUCAUUUCGUAUAGGUAAUAGUGAUUCAUUUGAAAGAAAAGUAGAAGAGAUGCAGAAACAAAUGAAUAUAAAAAGAGAAGAAUUAAUUGAAGUUCAAUAUAUGAAUGAAACGAAUUUAUUAAAUGAGGUGAAGAGUUAUAUACCUAGUAUUCUUUUUUUUUUAUUAUUAAUUUUUAUAUUUCAAAAAAUCACUUUAAAAAAUGUAUCUAAUAGUGGUAUGGAUAGACUAUUUAAAUUUAGUAAAAUAACUCCAAUAAAUAAAAAUAAUUAUAAAACGGAUGUUAAAUUUUCAAGUGUAGCAGGUAUGAAACAAGCAAAAGAAGAAAUAAUGGAAUUUGUAGACUUUUUAAAAAAUCCAUCUAAAUACGAAAUACUUGGAGCAAAAAUACCAAAGGGUGCACUAUUAUGUGGUGCACCAGGAACAGGGAAAACAUUACUAGCUAAAGCAGUUGCAGGAGAAGCUAAUGUUCCUUUCUUUAAUAUUAGUGGAAGUGAUUUUAUCGAAGUGUUUGUAGGUAUUGGACCAUCAAGAGUAAGAGAAUUAUUUGCUCAAGCAAGAAAACAUGCUCCAUCUAUAAUUUUUAUUGAUGAAAUAGAUGCAGUAGGAAGAAAAAGAUCAAAAGGAGGAUUUGCGGGAGGUGGAAAUGAUGAGAGAGAAAAUACAUUAAACCAAAUGUUAGUCGAAAUGGAUGGUUUUCAUACAUCUAAUGAUAAAGUUGUCAUUUUAGCUGGUACUAAUAGAGUAGAUAUAUUAGAUCCAGCUAUAACUAGACCAGGUAGAUUUGAUCGUAUUGUAAAUAUUAGUAAACCAGAUAUAGAUGAAAGGUCGGAAAUAUUUCAAGUGCAUUUAAAGAAUUUAAAAUUACACGAAACGUUAGAUAUAAAAAAUAUUAGUUACAUAUUAGCAUCUUUAACACCUGGUUUUGUUGGAGCUGAUAUAGCAAAUGUCGUUAAUGAAGGAGCUAUUCAAUGUGCUAGAAGAUCGAACAUGAUAGGAGUACAGGUAAAAGAUUUUGAGUUAGCAAUUGAAAGAGUUAUAGGUGGUUUACCUAAAUCUUCAUCCCUUAUUUCACCAUAUGAAAAGAAAAUUAUUUCAUAUCAUGAAACUGGGCAUGCACUUAUUGGAUGGUUUCUAGAAUUUGCCGACCCAGUUUUAAAAGUGUCAAUAAUACCUAGGAAUAAUGGUGCACUAGGAUACUCACAACACCUGAGUGAAGAAAUAAUGCUAUUUUCGAAAGAACAGAUAUUAGAUAAAAUUGCAGUAAUAUUAGGAGGAAGAGCAUCUGAAGAAUUAUUUAUUGGAAAAAUUACGACAGGAGCAAUUGAUGAUUUAAAUAAAGUAACACAGUUAUGUUAUUCAUACGUAUCUCAGUAUGGAAUGAACAAAGAAAUAGGAUUAGUUUCUUUUCAACCUAAUUCUACUAGUGAGUAUAAUUUGUAUAGACCUCAUUCAGAAUGCUUAGCACAUCAAAUAGAUAACGAAGUGCGUACAUUAAUUGAGUCGCAGUAUAAUAGAGUAAAAACAAUACUUUUGAAAAAUGAAAAACAUGUACAUAACUUGGCUAAUUUGUUAUAUCAGAAGGAAACUAUAUCUUACCAGGAUAUUCAAAAAUGUGUAGGUGAACGUCCUUACCCUAUAAAGUCUAAUUACGAAAAGUUUGUCAAGGCAAAUCCGUACAAACUUAUACCCAGUAGUGAGGAUACUCAGAGUGAGACCUCUCAGAGUGAGACCUCUCAGAGUUCAGGUGGGAAUAGAGAUGGUAGUGACCAGUUGACGUUAUCCUCUUUGGACAGGUGUUGUAAUAAAAGCGAUCAAGACGGACCUGGUGUUACCAAAAAGAGCAGUGAUGACAAGGGAAGGGGGGCGGUCAGUAACAAAUCUGUACUAGCAAAGUCGAAUGGGAUAAGUGAAAAAGGAAAAGAAGAAGAAGGAGGGGAAGUCGAUCGGGCAGAAAGAGAGGAACGAGACGAGCAAGAUGAACGAGCUGAACAUGUUAAAGAAGCAGGAGGUACAAAAAGAAGAAGGGAUGAUGAAAAAGCGGGCAAGGGGAAAAGUGCAUCCCCAGAUGGUACUAAAAAAGAUUACAAGGUUUUGAACAUAUCUACAAUAUGA